AUGAAGACCAUUCCUUUCGUUUCAGCGCUUAUCGUUGUUCUCAGUGUCGUCACGGCGACGCCUCUGCUCAGCCUUCCCCGGCCCAGCUCGGAUCCACCCAUCACCACACCCAAAUCCGUCCUCGACCGCGGUCUGGAAUGUCAAACCGGCUCACCCUCGCGCCAAACGCGCCCCAUCCUGCUCGUUCCAGGAACCGGCGUCACGGGUCAACAAUCCUUCGCGUCCAACUGGAUCCCGCUCUCGACGCUGCUCGGAUACUCACCCUGCUGGAUCUCUCCUCCGCCGUUCAUGCUGAACGAUUCGCAGAUCAACUCGGAGUACAUUGUGAAUGCGGUGCACACGCUGUACUCCGGAUCGGGUGGGAAGGUUCCGGUGGUGACGUGGUCGCAGGGCGGGUUGGCGGUGCAGUGGGCGCUGACGUUUUUCCCGAGCAUCCGGGGAAAGGUGGAUCGGUUGAUGGCCUUCGCACCGGACUACAAGGGGACUGUAGAGGCAGGAUUGCUGUCGACCUUUGGACUCGCGGCGGAAUCCGUGUGGCAGCAACAGGCGGGUUCAGCCUUCUUGACCGCCUUGAAAAAUGCCGGUGGUUUGACACGCAUCGUUCCCACCACAAACCUCUACUCGUCAGUCGAUGAGAUCGUCCAACCGCAGUUUACAAACUCCCCCGUAGACUCGAGCUACCUGGAUAACUCGAUGAACGUUCAGAUGCAGCAAAUCUGCGGAGGUGGCUUCAUCGUAGACCACGCGGGAAGUUUGACCUCGCAGUUCUCUUGGAUGGUGGGGAGGUCGGCGUUGGGUUCAAAGACGGGUGAAGCGGUGAGUGGAGAGUUUGGAAAGCAGGAUUGCAAUGCUACCGCGGCGGAGCCGUUGUCGGCACAGCAAAAGUCGGAUGCGGGUGGACUGCUGUUGGUCGCAGCGGGGAAUUUGCUGGGUGGUCCCAAGGUCAAGUGCGAACCGGAUCUGAUGGAGUAUGCCAGGAAGUAUGCAACAGGCAUGAAGACUUGUUCGGGUGUGAUCAUGUGA